UCUGCCCGAGCGGACGGCCUCCCACUAAUUGCGGUAUCUUUCAACAACAACAACAACAGCCAGACGACUCCUGCGCCUGCUGACGAACGGUCUCUCGUCAUCGAAUCGAUUCGAGAGCUCUCCGUAAUGUUGCGGCUGGAGGUUUCAUGGGAUAGAAGGAAGCAGAGCGGCCAGGUUGAUUUCAACGCUGGCUUUACCGCUCCGCCUGCACACCUCGCAAUCCUCUGCCUCGCAUCGGCCGUGUCCGGCCUCGCCGCCGCCCUCCUCGCCGGGAGAAGGCUGCUGUGGGCGGUGGAGCUCACGAUUUUAUCCGAUGUUGGGAACAUGCUCGCCCUCUCCGCUUUGCUCCCCAUCCUAACCAAAAAGGUGAAGGAGAGCAAGUUAUCGGUGACGUCCACGGCGGAGAGCUACAAAGUGAGCUUGGUGGCGCCGGAGUUUUGCCGUCAGCGGCGGUGGGGGAGGUUGAAAAGGAAGACGUUGGGGCGGUUGUGGAGAGCUGCGGAGGAGAUGAGAUUUAAUUUGCUUUUAUUUAUUUAUUUUAUUAUUUUAAUGAUGUGGAAAUAUUAAAAAAAUUAAAUUAAUUUUUUUAUUAAUUUUUUAAUCGCCACGUCAGACAUUUAACAGUCAACCGUUAGGGUUGACUGCAAAGUUAACGGAGAGUGACUAAAUAUGGACCAUUUUAUUAAUUCGAG